AUGGCUAAACAGCUGUACAAGCAACAGAAUCGAACGCCGCCACUGGAGCUCGGGCCCGCUGAAGCUGCCAGUAUUCUUAAAGGCGCAAGACUGUCGACAAGCUCGCAGAUCAAAAUUGAGCAGGAGGCGCAGCGCUGUGUCGACAUCGAAGAGGCGGCACGCAAGCUUGUCCAAGAGCACCAGGCUGCGGUGGCCAAGGACUUGGAGCGGGCUAAGUACCGCGAAGACUUCAAGGCCCAAUACCAGCAGCAGAAGGCAGAGAGGGAAAGUGGUAGUGCUCGGCAAUCGAUACCUAGUCGCGGGCAUAGAUUGACGGAUAAACGGGCCGGGCUCAACGACUUGCUCGACGACUCGGAUGACGAUGAGCAGACUGCCAGGAUUUGA